AUGUCGCCAUCGUCGAGUCCUUCACUGCCGUUAUAUAAUGUGCAAGAAUCCCGGUCUCAGUCUCCUUACCUUCCCAAAACGAAGACUCGGGAGUCUUCCUCUAUAACUUCCUCCUAUGCAUUCCUACAACCUCAACAGGUCGCCGAUAGUCUGAAUACGUCCCUAACUCACGGAUUAUCUCCGGCCGAAGCUGAGAUUCGCCUGCGCCGAGAUGGGCCCAAUGAAUUGCCUCGCGAAGACCCCGAGCCUUUAUGGCUACGAUUCUUGAAACAGUUCAAAGAGACAUUGAUUUUGCUACUGCUCGCGUCUGCCGGAAUAUCAUUUUUCAUGGGAAACUUCGACGAUGCGGUCAGUAUCACACUUGCGGUUACCAUCGUGGUUAGUGUCGGGUUCGUGCAGGAGUAUCGUUCCGAGAAAUCUUUGGAGGCAUUAAACCAACUCGUUCCUCAUCAUGCGCAUCUCAUCCGAGAUGUUGCUGCGAAUGGCGGUGUGGAUCAGAGCCCGCGAAAUGGAGCAAUUGAUGCGGAUGCGCAAAAGACACACGCAGAUGCUCCGGCUCCGAUUACAAACGCUCUCAAAGCUUCCAGUACGAUAAUGGCAGGGAAACUAGUACCCGGUGAUUUGGUUCUUUUCACAACAGGCGACCGCAUUGCUGCCGACAUCCGUAUCACGUCAGCCAUUGAAUUGUCUAUUGACGAGUCUAAUCUGACGGGAGAAAAUGAACCGGUUCAUAAAUAUGCAGAGGUGCUACGAGAUACUAGCUUCCCGAUCAAACAAGAAGACACCGACUCUCCAUUUGGUCAACAGUCUACUUCGGGACUGGGUGAACGCCAUGUCCGGCUGAGCGAACAACACAAUAUUGCUUUCAUGGGAACGCUAGUACGAUCCGGAUACGGUCAGGGUAUUGUAAUCGCUACAGGAGCCAAUACUGAAUUUGGCAGAAUUUCGGCAUCACUACAGGAAAUCGAGAGUCCCAGGACGCCGCUACAGUUGUCAAUGGAUCGACUAGGACAAGAGUUGAGCUACGUUUCUUUUGGUGUCAUUGGAUUGAUUGUAAUUAUUGGGCUCAUUCAAGGACGAAAGAUUUUGGAAAUGUUCACCAUUGGAGUAUCUCUAGCCGUUGCUGCCAUUCCGGAAGGUCUCCCCAUCAUUGUCACUGUGACACUUGCUCUAGGAGUUCUGCGAAUGGCCAAUAGAGGUGCAAUCAUGAGGAGACUGCCAAGUGUAGAGACACUGGGUUCCGUGAAUGUUAUCUGCAGCGAUAAAACAGGCACUUUGACUAUGAGUCACAUGACAGUUACGAAGUUGUGGCAUCAUGACUGCCCAGAACCCGUCGAGGUUAGAGAGGCGGUUUCAUUGAAACCCGAGCCUGUUGUGCGAAAGAUGUUGCGCAUUGGAAAUAUAGCUAAUAAUGCGCGCUUGUCACGAGUGCAUGCUGAUUCACCUGCCAGCGCAGCCUCUGCUGCUGUUCUGUCGUCUACAAUGGACAGCUCCUCGAGCCACAGCCAAAGCAGAUGGGUGGGACAGCCGACCGAUGUUGCGGUGCUUGACCUUCUUGAUGCCUACGGAGAGGACGAUAUUCGCGAUCAAAUCAGCAGUCGUGUUUCGGAGACGCCUUUUAGCUCGGAGAAAAAAUGGAUGGGUGUUGUUAUUGGUGGAGCCGGAGCGGGAGAUAGUAGAGUCGCGUACAUCAAGGGUGCUCUGGAACAGGUACUGACCAGAUGCGAUACGUAUCUAACAAAGGAUGGCCGAGAAGUGAUACUGGACGAACCGCGACGCAAAGCUGCACGGGAAGCCGCUGAAAAAAUGGCAUCAGAAGGACUCCGAGUUAUAGCUUUCGCCAGUGGGCCGAUCAGAGAACCGGGCAGACAUCUCAGGAGGAUAGGUGGUAGCCGCAGUGCGACUCCAUCACCAAAGAUUGACCAACCAGCCGAUACCCACGACGAACAGUUCAAUGGGCUCGUGUUGGCUGGGCUCGUGGGAAUGAACGAUCCGCCGCGCAAGGAUGUCCGCAAGUCUAUAAGCCGACUCAUGUCGGGACAAGUCCGGGUGAUUAUGAUUACAGGAGAUGCGGAAACCACUGCAGUGGCGAUUGCGCGUCAACUAGGAAUAGUCGUCAAUGCCACCCCAGGAAGCAGGGCAGUCUUGCGCGGAGAUCAGAUUGACCAUAUGAGCACGGCGGAACUCUCGGAUGCAAUUGCGACCACUAGCAUCUUUGCGCGUACCACUCCCGAACAUAAGCACAAGAUUGUGCGGGCACUACAGGCCCGAGGCGAUGUAGUAGCGAUGACUGGAGAUGGUGUGAACGAUGCACCGGCACUGAAAAGAGCAGAUAUUGGAAUUGCAAUGGGCAAGCUGGGCACGGAUGUUGCUAAAGAGGCUGCUGAUAUGAUUCUUACGGACGAUGACUUUUCGACGAUUCUCCGCGCGAUUGAGCAGGGCAAGGGAAUUUUUUACAACAUUCAGAAUUUCAUUACAUUCCAACUCAGCACUAGUGUGGCUGCUCUAGGUUUAGUGCUUUUGAGCACAAUCUUAGGAUUUGAAAAUCCAUUGAAUGCGAUGCAAAUCCUGUGGAUCAACAUUAUUAUGGACGGACCACCGGCUCAAUCUUUAGGAGUUGAGCCCGUUGAUCCAGCGGUUAUGAACAGCCCACCACGACCGAAACACGCACGAGUACUUACACGACCCCUCAUCCAGCGCGUCCUCACUCAAGCAGCUUUUAUCAUGCUCGGCACUUUGAUCAUCUACGUGCGCGAGAUGGGUGACAUUGACGACGAACUCAAUCCUGGCCGCAUGUCUCGUGUAGUCACCAACCACGAUACAACCAUGACAUUUACCUGCUUUGUAUUCUUUGACAUGUUCAACGCACUCACCUGUCGAAGCGAAGGCAAGUCCGUCCUUCGAGGCGAAAUACCUCUGACGGGCAACAAAAUGUUCAACUACGCUGUUGUCGGAUCGAUAAUCGGCCAAUUAAGCGUGAUUUACCUCCCAUUCUUACAAUCAAUUUUCCAAACUGAGGCUCUGAAACUGUCCGACUUGGUGAAAUUGGUUGUCUUGGCCAGCUCUGUGUUUUGGGCUGAUGAGUUUAGAAAGUAUUAUAAGACGAUAAAGAGAGGAGGGCCUGGGGCCAUGUACAGUUCUAAUGUGUGA